ACUUGCAUCUCCUGCUUCUCCAUAUUAUACACUACACAAUGUUGCAAAGAACUAUCCUCCGCGCCUCAAGACAGCAGACUGCCCGCCAAAUACGGGCUUUUGCGCCACUACGUCAACAAGCACCCAUCACAAGAGCAGUAGCCACACCUGCUAUUCGAUGGUAUUCGGAUGCUGCGCCCGCAAAAGAGGGAGAAGCCGCCGAGAAGAAGGAGGAUGCGCCCGCACAGAACAACGAGGCAACACAAUUGAAGGAGCAGCUGGAGAAGAAGGACAAGGAAGUCGUCGAGCUCAAGGACAAAUACCUCCGCUCAGUCGCCGACUUCCGCAACCUCCAAGAACGCACAGCACGUGAGAUCAAGGCCGCAAAAGACUUCGCCAUCCAGCGCUUCGCUCGCGACCUUGUAGAAUCUGUCGACAACCUUGACCGCGCCCUGGGUACUGUCCCGGAAGAGAAGCUCAAGGGCGACAACAGCGACCUCAUUGCUCUCCACGACGGUAUCAAGAUGACCGACACCAUCCUCAUCAACACGCUUAAGAAGCACGGCUUGGAGCGAUUCGACCCCAGCGAAGCCGCAGAGAAGUUCGACCCCAACAUUCACGAGGCCGUUUUCCAGGCGCCGCAACCCGACAAGGAGGACGGUACUUGCUUCCACACUCAACAGAAGGGUUUCAAGCUCAACGGACGGACACUGCGACCAGCCAAGGUUGGCGUUGUCAAGAACGCCUAAAUGCACGAUUGAACGAGGCCUGAAUGACGUUCCAUAUACGCGGAUAGUGGUGUUCAUGACCUAUGUCACUGCCGCAACCAUUUCAUUCGCAUGUGUAUGACUACUACGGUUCGGCUCUAUUGACUGGUUGACACGGCGGUACAAUGGAGGUAUGGCGUUUUCGUGCUACCCACAAGGUGCACUUUGGUUUUUCAUCGGACAUUGUACAAAUAUUCCCCUCUCAGACGCAUUUUGGAAAAGUUGAGCAAGCACAAUGAUGAAAUGGCUUUGCAUGUAUUGUAAUAUUAGAUAUGACAGAUUACGAGCGAAAGAGCAAACUCAAGAGCAGCAAAGCAGUAUCA